AUGGAGCAGUGCAGCAGCAAUGUGGAGGAUUUCUCUGUGAAUGUGUUUUCUGUGACUCCCUGCCAGUCUCAGGCUCCAAGAGUCCAGGUGUCAGAUGGGGACAAAGCCGGGGCCACACUGCUAUUUUCCGGUGUCUUUUUGGUUCUGGUCGGCAUAACCUUCACCGUGAUGGGCUGGAUUAAAUAUUAUGGAACCAGUGACUUGGAAUGGACGCAGCUGCUGGGGCCAAUUCUACUUUCGGUGGGAGUUACGUUUGUUCUCAUUGCUGUCUGCAAGUUCCGAAUGCUAACUUGCAAAACCUGCAAACAAAUCAAUGAGAGUGCUGUGGAGACUGAGCAAACUCCUUGUGGUCAGUCAUUUGUCUUUACUGGGAUUAAUCAACCUAUAACUUUCCACGGAGCUACAGUUGUCCAGUAUAUUCCACCCCCAUAUGCAUCUCCUGCGCAGGAUGCUGUUGCUAUCAACACAACCUGCUUGCCUUCGUUGAACAACACACAGAGCACUAAUCCACCAAAUGGUGCUACCGGAGCAACCCCUUGCCCUCCUCAGUACUACAGCAUCUACCCCCUGGACAGAGCAGCUUUUACAGGAGAUGAGAAUUGCCCACCCUACCAAAGGUUAGGCAAUGAAACAAUCAGGUAA